CGUGACCAUGGCAUUUUAUAUAAUAAUCAAUUAUCCUCUGGUCACUUUCACUAUCAUUUAUUUAAAAAAAAACAUGGAAGGAAAAUCAUUCACAAAUUUUACUGAAUUCAAGGAAUUUAUCAAGAAGCAUGAAGAGGAACAGCAUGUUUUGUUUGUUACUAGUGGUUCUAAAAAGCUUAUCAAUGGACAUCCAGCAAAAGAAUCCAUACAGUAUGAGUGGCUAAAAUUAGUGUGCAAACAAGGGAGAGCCACAAAACCAACAUCGAGUAAAGGCAUCCGGCCGAAUCAAAGGUCAUGGAAACAUGAUUGUGGUGCAGUGAUACGUGCUGUGAUAAGGCAUUCAGAUGUUACUGGCUACCAGUUUGUCAUCACAAAGGCAAUAUUGUCACAUGAGAAUCACCCCACAGAUCAUUUGACUGCACUUGUGUAUCCUGAAAAUAGAAGAAUAAAGCCUGAUGAAACCGUGGAUCUGAUGGUUGGCACCAAAAUACCGCAGUCAGAAUUGCAACAAAUCAUCUCUCAGAAACAGAACAAGUGUGUUCUUGGAAAGGAUGUGGAAAACUACAGAAGAAAACUGAAAGACCCCUGCACUGACAGUGAAGGAGUAGAGAAAAUACUAAAUAGUAUAAAGGUUGGUGGUGGAAUGGUGAAGUAUGGUGUGACACCAGAAAAUGAAUUUUUGUAUUUGGCAUACAUGACCAAGGAAAUGAUAGGUUCACUUAAAGCCAACAAAACCAUAUUGAUAAUAGAUUGCACUUAUAAAGUCAAUGAGUAUUUAUUUCCAUUGUUGAAUGUUAUGUGUAUUGAUGCCAAUGGUAAUGGUGUACCUGUGUUGCAUGCUUUUGUAAGGAAUGAGAGUGUUGAAAUUUUGUCUGAAUGUUUGAGUGUAUUACAUGAUGUGUGUGUGGAGCCUCAAAUUUUUUUUGUAGAUAAAGAUUUUAGUGAAAUAGGUGCUAUCAAACAAUGUUUUCCUCAAUCUUUAAUUCGCCUAUGUUCAUUUCACACAAUGACAGCAGUAAAAAAGUAUUUAAAUACAAAUGUCUCAAAGGAAUUAUCCAAUAAAAUUUUUGAUCUAUUUAAAGAACAAUCUUAUACAUUGAGUGAAGAAGCAUUUGAGUUGUUAAAAGUUGACAUCAUUUCAGCAUGUCCCAGUGUUGAAAGCUACUUUCAAAAUAAUUGGUGGUCAAUUUCUGACAUGUGGGCAGCAUGUAGAAAUACAGAUGUUGCAUCUCUACAUAUCACAACUACAAAUCAUGUAGAAUCCUAUCAUUCAAGGAUAAAAAAGCACCUAGAUAGCCACACAACACUCUCAGUAUGUGUAACUAAGCUACUUUUGUUUGAUUCAGAUCUAUCUAAAAUAAAAUCAGCACAACACCACAUUCACAAAAUAACUAAACAUUAUUCUACACUACCAGACACACAUUUGCUUACUUUGUACAAGAAUAUAUUAACACCAUUUGGAGCAGAGUUAGUGGGCCAUCAGAUUUCUUUAUUUAAAAGAUGUAACUACAACAUAGUUCAAAAUGAUACUGACACAUCAUUUUUUUCUAUUUCUAAUACUUGUAAUUCUAAUGAUACCAAUUCAUAUGUGGUUAGCAUGGAUUCUUGCAAUUGUAUUUUCUUCACUAAAUUUUUAUUGCCUUGCAGACAUAUUCUUUCUUUGAGACAUAAACUUUCUUUAGAAAUGGUUUUUCUUCCUGAUGGGUGCCAUUUCCAAAAUAAAUCAUUUAGGGAUGAAGAAUUUGAGGACAUAUCAUCUAUCUCAACUAAUGUAAUUUAUCCAACCAUUAGUGCAAAGACAGCAGAAGGGCGAUUUAAAAUUGUUAAGGACCUGACAAAUGAACUAAACUGUCUGUAUCAGAAUAUGGGGGAACAACAUUUUUUAGUAAAGCUUGAACAGUUAAAGACAUUUAUUUAUCAUAUCAGGGCCAAUAAGGAAUUUGUUAUUACUAAUGUGUCUGAGGCCUUAGCUGAAACAAAUAUUAGUUUGAAUGGUGGGUGUGUUGAUGCAGAGUUUCUUCCAAUUGCCUCAACUUCUCAGGCCUUGGCUGAAACAAAUGUUAGUUUGAAUGGUGAGUGUGUUGGUGAAGAGUUUGUUCCAAUUAAUCGUGCUCAACCCUUUGUGGUUCAUAAUAGUGAAAACAAUCUGUCUGGUAGUGAUAUUGUUGACUCAUCUAAUUUUACAACUGAUACAUUUAGUAAUGUAAUGUUGAAAAAAGUAAAAACUAAAGGAAGACCUAAUAAUAAACAACACUUCACAAAGAAAAAAAGACUAGGUUUCCCUUACAGCUCGGUUAGUAAAAAACUUAAAAUUGUUAGCAGUACUGAAAAAGAAGUGGUAGGUAAUGUUAAAUGUUCCAGUGCAAAUGAUGUGAAUGUUUUUGUUGAUAACCAUGUUGAAUGUUUAGAAAACAAACGUAAUGGUGAUGAAUGUGCUGAAUGUGGACUGGAAGAGGUUUCAAAAGAGAAUUGUAUAGAUGGGAAGUUGAUGAACUGGAUUGGUUGUAUGGUGUGUGAUAGGUGGUUUCAUGAGUUCUGUUUAUCAAGUAAUAUUUCUGUAGAUUCAUUUAUUUGUAAAUUUUGCAAUUAAAAUGUUAGAAGUGUUUUAAUACAUAUUAACAUUUAAGUCUAUUUGUUAAUUUAACUUUCACUUCAUAAGACCUAUCUUGAGCAUUAAAAGUGUAACAUAAUUCUACCUUUAAUAUAUAAAUGUACUAUUGUAUCAGUAAUACUACCAUUCAAUAAUGUGCUAUUUACUCACCAUAUAUUUGUUAUAAUGCACUUUUUUUAUCAAACACAUAUUAAAUUGCUUACAUAAGUUUAUAUAUUAAAUAUUGACUUUGAUAUUGUUUAGCUGAAUAUAUGUGUAAUAUAUUUUUAGCUGUAACAAUUAAAUGUAAUUUUGUACUGGCAUUUUAAUUUUGUAGAUAUUUUUUCUAUUAUUUUACCAGUUUUAUUUAUCAAUUCAUUUUGAUGCAUAUUACAUUGUUUACAUGUAUACUUAUAUACUGACUGAAAAUGUUAUGUAUUAUUAUAUGUUAUAUAUUUCUAGCAGUGAUAGUCGAACAUAAAAUUUCUUCUAUUACUUGCUUUAAUAAAUUAUGUCAUACAUAUGACCAAAAAAACAAAAAAAGUCUUUGUUGAUUGUGUUGUGCUAUUCAUGUAGGAGAAUUAAGGUAUGCACUUUUUAAGUGUCUUAAAUUCUCUACAUCAUUACAGAAUGAUACUAUUAUUAGGCUUAACCACAGAUAAUGAUAUCAACCCUUUUUUCUUGUGGGAUGGUUACUAUAACUGAACAUGUCUUUUUUUUUGUGGUGGGUGGAGGGGCUGUAAGAGAAAAUUUUAAGCAUUAUAAUUUAUUGAUAUAAAAAAAACAACAUAAAUGACAUAGAAAAAUGUAAAUUAACAAAGUAAUGUGUAUGUUUUCUAUUUUAUAAUAUUUCAAACCUAGAAAUCAUACAAGUAUAUUACUGACAUCAAAUGAGAGAGAAAUAUUUAUUUAUUGAAAUGGUGCUAAGAUUGGUUGGACAAUGAUCAUAGGUAUAGAACAUGAUCCAUUGAUUCUUAUUGUGGUACUAUCUCUCAAAGAUAUCCACUACUUCUGCCACAACUUGGCUUUAGAUUAUAACAUCCUGUGUAGGUAUAUCCUACCCACCUGCCUCCCCUAUUUCACCUUAGUGAGAACAAUAAAGUUUGAUAUCCCCACCCUACAUUGAAUAGAAUCAACAUAAAUGAAAAAACUCUCAGCUUUACAAUAUACCUAGCAUUUUACUAUGUGUUUACACAUAUGGUUACAUUUCUCCUCACAGCU